AUGGCGCCGUCGUGGCUCAACGCAGCACUGGGUGCCACGAGCGUUUUGCUGUCGGCAGAUGCUUUUGCCGCAGCGUCCUCGCCCAACCGACUUUCUGCCCCUAUUGGCUACCGCGGCACUGAAAGCUGUCCCAGAAGCUGCGCCGACUCGGGCACCAACAGCCUCGAGUGGGAUGCCUUCCGCAACAUGGACCAGCUCGAUCAAUGCCAGAGCCCCAUGCUCUUUGACUUUGCCCUGGCCGAUCGUGUCGACAACGACACCCAAAACCACCGCAUCUUUGCCUGCACUACUUCCAGCGAGAACUGGAACAAGGUGUCCACCGCUCAGCUCCUUGCUUCACGUCCUGGGGACGAAGUUGACGCUGAGUUUCAGGUGGGCCGCGGCGACGAAGACGGUGGCAUCGCCCCCGAAGCGGCCGUGGCUUCCCUGACUGGUUUCCUUGGACAGUACAUCCGCCAGGAACAGUUCUAUAAUGGAACAAACAUGAUCUACGGCAGUUUUGGUGGCGCCGCGGCUGGCAUGUAUAUUGGCCCGAGCCUGAAUGGCGGAGCCGUUAGUGCAACUGCUCUCCAGCACCUCGAGGACAACAUCAGACACGCCAACAGCAGCCAAGGAACACUUGGCGUGCAGAUGUGUGGAUCUGAUUACGACUCUAAUCACAUUUUUGGCUUCAUCGCUACGACGAACGGCACCUUUGAUGUCAUCCAAGAUGCCAUGUCUUCCUGGUACAGCGGUGACUGCGUCAAGUUUGGUACCUCUAACAAGGUCAAGGGUAAAGCCUACUUUGCUGCUCCCCUUAUGGCUUCCAUUCAGUCCAGCAACUCUACCAACUCAACCUCUCUCCAUUUUUCCAGGCGCGGUGAAUGCAGGACCGUCCAGGUCCAGCUGGGGACCGGCUGCCCUGAGCUUGCCAAGAUGUGUGGCAUUUCCGGUGCCGACUUCACCAAGUACAACCCAGGCAAGACCUUUUGUAACGACUUGAUGCCUGGCCAGCACGUGUGCUGCUCUGCCGGCACCCUUCCCGACUACAAGCCCAAGCCCAACAAGGACGGAUCCUGCGCGACCGCGACCGUCCACAAGGGUCUGGACUGCGCCUCCAUUGCUGCUGCCAAUGGUCUCACGAAGAAGGACAUUGAAGGUUUCAAUGAGAAGAAGACCUGGGGCUGGAACGGCUGUGACGGUGGCCGUCUCUGGGCUGGCUCCGUCAUUUGCAUCAGCAAGGGCACACCGCCCAUGCCUGCAUCUGCGGGCAACGCCGUCUGUGGCCCGCAAAAGCCCGGCACCAAGAAACCCAAGGACAUGGAUAAGCUGGCUGAUCUGAACCCUUGCCCUCUCAAUGCGUGCUGUGACGUCUGGGGUCAGUGCGGUACCACGGACGAGUUUUGCACUGACACAGGCAACGGCGCGCCUGGCACGGCCAAGAAGGACACAAAUGGCUGUAUUUCCAACUGCGGCACCAAGAUCGUCAAGGGCAGCCCCGGCGAGUUCCGCAGCAUUGCGUACUUUGAGGGUUACGCAUUCAAGCGCAAGUGCCAGUACCAGGACGCCUUCCAGAUUGACCCCUCCAAGUACACACACUUACACUUUGGCUUUGGCACCCUCAGUAAGGACUUUAAGCCCAUCAUCGAUGACUACGCCACCAACUACGAGUUCAGCAACUUUAGACUGAUCAAAGGCCCGAAGAGAAUCCUAUCUUUUGGAGGCUGGGACUUUUCGACUGGACCUGACACGUAUACCAUCUUCCGCGAGGGAACAAACGAUGCCAACAGGGAAACUCUGGCGACCAACAUUGCCAACUAUAUUCACAAGUACAACCUCGAUGGUGUUGACGUUGAUUGGGAGUAUCCUUCGGCCCCUGACAUCCCUGGCGUUCCUCCUGGCGACAAGAGUGAGGGCAAGAACUAUCUGGAAUUCCUCAAGCUUCUCAAGUCCAAGCUCAACGGAAAGAGUCUGUCUAUUGCUGCUCCUGCAUCCUACUGGUACCUCAAAGGAUUCCCCAUCAAGGACAUUAGCAAGGUUGUCGACUAUAUUGUCUUUAUGACGUAUGAUCUUCAUGGCCAGUGGGAUGUUGACAACAAGAAUGCGCAGAUUGGCUGCCCCGGAGGCAACUGCCUUCGCAGCCAUGUCAACCUGACGGAGACGCAAAAUUCCCUGUCCAUGGUUACCAAGGCUGGCGUUGACUCUGGAAAGGUUGUUGUUGGUGUUACCAGCUACGGAAGAUCUUUUGCCAUGAGUGACGGUUCUUGCUACGGACCCGACUGCACUUUCACCGGUUCUCGUCUACAGUCAAAUGCCAACAAGGGUAAAUGCACGGACACGGCCGGUUACAUCUCCAACGCUGAGAUCAAGGCGAUUGCCAAGGACAAGAACCGCGUUGUCAAGAGCUACAUGGACGCCGGCAGCAACAGUAAUGUUCUAGUGUAUGACAAGAACCAGUGGGUGGCUUACAUGGAUGCCGACGUCCGAGGUCGUCGAGAGAAGAUCUACAAGAACUGGGGCAUGGGCGGCUCGUCGAACUGGGCCACAGAUCUUGAAGACUUUGAGGACCCGCCCAAGGGCUUCCCCGACUGGUCUGAUUUUACUGUCUCGCUCAAGUCUCGCAAGGACCCUUACGAGGAUGUCGGCAAGCGCACUGGCAACUGGACCAAGUUAGACUGCACCGCCGACGGUGCCACCGACACCCUCCACUAUACUUCUGACGAGCGCUGGAAGAACCUGGAUGCCGCCAACGCUUGGAAGGACAUGGUAUCGGACUGGAAGAGGUACCGUGCCAAGACCUCGGGCGUCCACACCGGCACGGCUCUGUUCUCUGAAUUCUUUGCCAACAACUUCAACCACACCCUACCUAUCGACUGUGGUGACAUUUCGCCUUCCAGUAACUGCCGCAGUGGCCUUACUUGCGGCGACUUUACUGGCGAGAGAACCGGCCCAGCUGCUGCGCUGAUCUGGAACUCGUUUGUUCAGAUCAACGAAAUGUACGCCUCGUACGCUGAUGCACUUGGAAAUGCGGCUGCGGAAAAGAUUGAUCCCUCGCUGGACGACUUCCAAGAGACUUUUGCUCCUACCCCCCCGGAGGAUGACAAGGAAUGGCUUACUAUUCUCCUAGACCUUGUGUCCAUGGGUACCGGCAUGGUGGCUGGUCCUUUUGUCGGCAAGGUUGUUGGUAAGCUUCCGUAUUUUGUGGCCAAGGCCGAGGACGCCGGUGCCAACGCCAUCAAGGACAAGAUCAAGUCGGUCAGCAGCACUGUCCUGACCACCGCCAUCACAAUCGGCAGUGGCUUCAUCGAGGGCUCGACAUCUGACUGGGACCCAAAGGCCGAAGCCCACUUCAAAAACACCAUGGGCCUAGCCAUGGCUGGUUGGAAUGACAUUGCCACCGAGGGCCUCCGCGACUUGUUUGACGGAUCCGACUCGUCGCUGGACACUCUGAGCGACCUUCUCGCCGACGGCCAGUUUGCCGGCGGCAAGGACUACGGCAAGGGCUCUUACGACCAGGCGAGCAGCAAGGAUGCCAACAACACGCUCGAGGACAAUCUGUCCAAGACGUUCUAUGCCUACGCCAUCCCAGCCAUCUGGCACGCGUCGGGCCACCGGCCAUUUAUCAUCGACACUGGCCUGAGCUGCGCAGAGGGCAAGGAUGAGGACAUUAAGCUCAAGGGCGCCUGUUACGAGAAGACGGACACAUGGUACCGUCUGGCCAGCCCGGAUGAUGGCUACCAGGAGUGUGCCAAGCACGGCUGCGACAACGUCCCGAGCCCUUGCGUUGAGUGCGACGACGACCAGUUCAAGACGCCGAGCGGCGUGGAUGAGCUCGGCAGCGAUUACUUUUCCAAGGUUUCCGUGGAAGACCUCAUCAUUGGAUCCGUCAGGACGUACCUGGACAAUGGCGGCGAGAACGGCGGCAAGGCGGCCAACCCCGACAACCCGGACACGCUCAAGAGCCUGAUGGAGGACGACGUGACGACACCCGGCUUCAUCCGGAUGCCGGUGUGCAGCGCGGACCGGGCGCGCAUCGCCUGGGGCGCGAGCAGCGACACGGCCAAGGACUACCCGUGCAACGCCAACGCCGGGUACGACUACUGCGGCGACUCGACGCUGGUGAGCGACUGCAAGGAGAUGGUGCGCAUGCUCGAGGACCGCGAGCUGCCGACGCGGUGGCCGCACGUCGGCCCGCUGGAGAAGCAGAACGAGAUUUGCUCGCACAAGUCGUGCAAGUUUGGCGUCACGGGCAAGGGCAUCCACGGGAAUGUAGACUUUAAAGUUGGUGCCCAGGACGUGAUUGAUCUGGUCAAGGACUCGAUUACAAAGUCUGGCGGUGAUGGGAGGGUCGGCUCCAAGGGGACGAUGAACUGCAAGGGCAACAUCAAGAACCAAAAGGUGGACUGGGGCCUGUACUAA